CAACUUAUAUUGUCUAUGGUUUUAAAAAACAUUGAAACUGAAAAAAGCAAUCACAUUUUCUUUGCAAAGUCUACAUUAUAAAAGCGAGGUUCCUAGUUGUUCUAUUUAAUGAGAUAUUCAAUCACAUUUUGGUACUACCGAAAAACCGAACAAAUAAUCUGUAAUAGUGAACAUGGAAGUUCAAUAUGGACCGAACGCAAUUGACGUGCCGGAUCUUUUGUAUAAAUUGCAACGCAAGAUCAAGGUUUUCAACACCAGCAAUUCUUUACCAAAUCGAGGCUAUAAUUUAGUCGCAAGCUGUAGUAAAUAUGGCAUUGUUUUUGUUCUUGCACCUAAUUCAAUAUUAUCAGUUUAUUACUUAAAGGAUCUAAUAAACAAGGAGUGUGAGCCACAACAUGUAUCAUUGAAGCUUCAAACAGAACCAAGUCAUAUAGCUGUAAAUUGUGACCAAGAAUGGUUAGCUGUCAUAAGCAAAACUAUGCUCUUUGUGUAUAAGACUAUUGAUUUUCAAAAUCCAAAUACAUCACCAUCAUUCUCAAUUAAAUUGGAUAUCAAUCCAGCUACUUUUGUCUCGGCUGUACAGUGGAAUCCUUGUAUCACAGAUACUAUAGCCAUAGCAUUCUUUGAUGGAACUUUACUUGUCAGUCAGGUCACUACUAUGCAAGUCAAAAAAAUGCAAUCCAAUGUCAGAUGCAUUUGCUGGAGUCCGAAAGGCAAACAACUUGUUACUGGUAAUAAUGAUGGCACACUGUGUCAGUAUAAACCAGAUCUAUCACCGAUGAAGAUGGUGCCAGCACCAAACCUAUUUGAUGGAGCUGCAAUUGAAGUUCUAGCUAUACAUUGGAUAGCAACAUAUCAAUUUCUAGUUGUAUACAAAAAUGCAACAAAUAAUGUAAGACCAGCUGUAACAAUUGUGAAUACACCAAAGGGUGGUCAGCCAUCUUGUCUUAAUUUUGAAGAUAUUUGCUACAGUUUGGGCUCAAAUAGACCAUGGUAUUAUUACCUGUAUGGAUUAACACAAUGGAAUAUGGUACUGGCGUCAUCAUCUAAUAGUUCAGAGAUAGCAACUUUGGCUUCACUUGAUGGCUGUAGCUGGAGGCAAUGGUGUCAGAUUGAUGAAGCAAGGCCUGAAUUACCUUUGACAGAUGGAAACCAAGAUAACUAUCCAGUUGGCAUAUGUGUUGAUACUUGCUCUAUACAUCAGUUGCCAUGGGGUGAGAACGAAACGCUACCACCGAUGCCAAUACUCCAUGUGUUAUCACAAACUGGAAUGUUGUCUAUUUUCAAUAUAAUCAACUUAAAGAAAGAUGCUGCAAUGUUUUGUACUCCACCUCAGCAAAUUACAUUACCCGCUAAUGUUAUGACAAGUUCUAUUCCUGAUGAUGUUCCACAGUCGGUAACAGUUACAUCCUCGGCUCCUGUUAGUCAACCUGUGUCACAACCAGUCCAACAAGUCCAGGCACCAACACCCGUCCAGCCCGCACCAGUAACCAGUCAGCCGGGAAAGUCGUUUGCAGACUUCCUUCUAGCACGACAACAGUUGAUACAGGAAGCUCAAGCUAUUCCGGGAUUUUCUUCUGCCGUUCCUCCUAAGAUUCCUGAAAUAAAGCCGAUAGAGACAAAACCACAACCACCUGCUCCACAGAACAUUGUUACUUCGACUCCUAAACCAACAAAAGUAGAAGUGUCUGAAGCCCAGUCACCCAUACAACAGACACAAGAGAUGAAUGCGGCACUCAAAAGUGAACAGGAGAGAGUAAACAAGUUGAAAGUCAAUGAGGAACUGAUGAAUAUGUUGAUACGGGAAGUAAAUGACUUUCAAAUGGAAUUAUACAAGUUUCAAGUGAAGACCAGAGAUGCUCAUAUAAAGUUGCAACAAGAGAUACAAUCAAUGGGUUCCAAUAUCAACAUCAAAUCUCAAGACGUGAUACAGUUGAAGAAAGACAGCGCUGUCAACGAGAUCCGAGAAACUGUUAUAAUGUUGAAGUUGGAUCUUGUACGAGUCUGUGCUGCGGUAGCUGAAGCUAGAACACACGCGGAGACAAGGCAAAUGCAAGAAUGGAGUCAAGCGGAUCCCCUCACAAUGAAGCGAGUGUCUCAGAUCAAGAAGCUUGCGUACUACGUACAAACUCAGUUAGACCAAGCUCACAAAGCACUCGACCAUAAAUGGAAUGAAAUGACUUCAAAGUCGCAAUACGAAAGACCGGGAGAGCGCAUGAUUCGACCGAUACUGGACGAUAUAUACCAACCACUUGUAAAACAACAAGAAAUACUGACACGACAAAAGGCGGUACUCAAAAUGUUGCGAAAUACUCUAAAAGAAUGUGGAGAUGUUGCACCAAUGAAAACAACAUCCAUUUUGAGAAGCACUCCAUUUAGAAACAAAGCAGAUCCCAUCUCUAAAGUGACAAAAAGUAUUCACAAUAUGAGUUUGGAGCCGGACCAAGAAAGAGGAGAACAGAUGAUGUCAAAUCAGAAGCUUGAUGCACUUAGAGAUAUGCUGUCAAAUCACAAAACUGUCAAGAUUAAACCUGUCAAUAUCGAGCUGGGAGAGAAGUUGAUGGAAAUGAGAAUAAAGUAUGAAAAUAGUGUGAAAGAAAGGAAAGCAAUGUUGGAAAAACAAAAGCAAGAAGCACAAACUUUUAAAAUAAAGCAGGGGAUAAAAUCUGAUGUAUCUGGAAAGCGGGAACGAGAAGUAAUAAAAACUGAAGCAAAGAAUGAAACUGCAAAGUCUUCAUUAAUAAAUGUGCCCUCAUACAAACCUUUCAGUAAUGUACAUACAUACAAACCAGCAAUGGGUAGUGUCACAAGAACACUAUUUACUGACGAACCGAAACAGGAACCAGUAAAGUUCCAACUCAGUCAACAAAAACCGAAAGUUCCAGUCCAAGCGAGCACGCCGGAACAAGCGCACUAUCCACAUGUGAUGACUAUCACCAGCUCCACACUAAAUAUGCUCAAAGACAUGCUACAGAACAAAUCUCAAGCUAGUGCUGAAGCUCAAAAUGAUGCCAACUCGUUUAUGGGACAACCUAUAUGCAAACCCACUGGCUUUAACUUGUCCAAAACAGCUACGUCGGUAGCAGCUAACAUUGAUGAAAUCGAAAAAAUGCGUAAUAAAUUGCAAUUACCAACAUCAGCAGCUGUUUCCAAAUUAAAAUUACUUAAUACUAACAUUAAAUCUAGCGAGACUGGCGAAGCUGAACUAAAUACUAACAAACCUCUUGUAGAGAAAACUGUCACUAAUGUAUUUACCUUAAAACCAACUGCUUCAGCAGCUGCGAAAGUCCUUAAUGUACCGGAUAUUGUAAAAACCAGCAACCAAACAGCAACAAAAGUAGAAGCAAAGACGAAAGAGGAAGUGAAAGAUAAAGAAAAAUUGACAAAACUAAAAGAAAAUGUUCCUGAAAAAGAAAACAAAAAGGUACUAAAUGUGUCCCUAAAAGUGGGUGAUGACAAGACAAAUGAAGCAAAAUCAUUUGAUUUAUCUAAUAACCCAAGGGCUGUUUUCUCUUUACCGUCAUCAUUGCAAAUUUCAAAAUUACAAACGGCCUCGACGACACAGGCUACUUCAGUAUUUCAAUCGCCAAUGACGUCAUCAACAGCCACAAAAGAAUCAACACAAAUCAAAACAUCCGAACCGGUUGCCACACCACUCCCGUCUACGAUAUUCGGUGCAGCAUAUACAGCGGAGAAACAGAAUUCUGUCAGCAAGCCAACAUCUCCAACCGGAUCUAUAUUUGGAACUAGCAUAUUUGGAACAUCCACCGCUACUACAACACCUUCGAGUGCAAAGUCUAUUUUCGGUAGUGCUGUAUUGUCAACUACAUUCCCCGCAUCUACGUCUGCAUCCGUAACGGAACCGAAAACAACUCCAGAUUCUACGACAAAUACAACUAAAGCCCAGGCACCAACACAAAUCACUCCACCUACUGCCACUUCUGCCGAAACCACUACUAUCACUAAAACCCAAUCAGAAGUCAGUACUGUCGACACAACUGUAACACAGAGUUCAUUGACUCCAUCAACGACGGCGCCUGUUCUCACAGCCACGUCUGCAAGUGCACCCACAACUACACAAAGUACAUUGAGUACCACCACAACCGCUCCAAGUUCACCCACCACCACACAACAAUCAAUUUUUGGUGAUGUCACAACUCAAUCGUCUAUCUUCGGAAAAUCGACGCCUUCUACACAAGCAUCGAUAUUCGGAUCCACCACAGAAACGACUCAAUUUGAUUCCGCAGCCCCCACUACAACACAAGCUUCGAUAUUUGGUACUCCCACGGCAACAACUCAAGCUACCAUAUUUGGAUCACCAGCUGCUACAACUCAAGCUUCCAUAUUCGGAUCACCCGCUACAACAACUCAACCUUCCUCAUUUGGAGGUACCACAACAACAACACAAGGCUCUAUAUUUGGAACUCCCGCGACAACAACUCAAGCUUCGAUAUUCGGGUCUCCGACUUCAACGACACAAGCUUCAGUAUUGGGAACUUCUACAACCACAACACCAGCUUCAGUAUUUGGUACUUCUACAGCAACCACGCAAGCGUCAGUAUUUGGUACUCCCACAACAACAACACAAGCUUCUGUAUUUGGAACGCCCACAACAACAACGCAAGCUUCACUGUUUGGAACUUCGACUGCAACGACACAAGGUUCGAUAUUUGGAAGUCCCACUGCAACAACUCAAGCUUCAGUAUUUGGAACUUCCACAACAACAACUCAAGCUUCUGUAUUUGGUACUCCAACUGCAACAAUACAAGCUUCUGUAUUUGGAACUCCAACAGCAACAACACAAGGUUCAAUAUUUGGAACUCCAACUGCGACGACGCAGGCUUCAAUAUUUGGAAGUCCCACCACCACAACACAAGGUUGCAUAUUCGGAACAACAACAACACAGUCUUCGUCAUUGUUCGGGGGCGGUGAAGGCAAUUUAUUUGCAGCAGCCACUAUAUCGACAACAAGCGCGGCAACUCCGGCAACUGGAGGAAAUGUUUUCGGAGGGAGUUCCGGUUCAAUCUUUGGCGGAGGUAAUACAAAUGUAUUUGGAGGCAAAACAACAUUUGGUCAAUCCAAUCAAUCAGCGGCGUCCAUAUUCGGAGCAGCGAAUGCAUCUCUCAAACAGGAUAGUACUUCAAAUAACUUCUGGGGCAGCGGCAAUACUAGUGGAAGUGGAUUUGGAUCUUCUGGGUUUGGUCAACAAGCAACGACUCAGGCAUCCAUAUUUGGUAGUAGCGGAGGCAGUUUUAGUACUCCGGCCACCGGCCAGACAUUGGGCAGUCCUCAACCUGGUGCCUUUGGAGAAGCAAAGUCUGUUUUUGGUACUCCUCAACAACAAACUGCGCCAGGUUUUGGUGGUUCACCGGUAUUCGGUUCGAAACCAGCUUUUGGACAAUCUGCAAGUUUCGGUUCGUCAGCUAGUUUCGGAGGAUUUGGUGGGUUGAAUAAAAGCCCUACUGGAGGUUUCGGAGCGCCGGCGACUUUUGGUGGAGCCCCCGCAUUCGGAGCUCCUGCCUUUGGUGGCACUUCCCCAGGGAAAGUAUUCGGAGGCGCAGCUCCAACUCCGGGAUUUGGUUCACCAACACAAUCAAAUUCAACAUUCGAAGCGUUAGCGAGUCAGAACACGAUGACUUUCGGUAACUUGGCCCAACAGUCUGCUCAGCAGAACCAGCCGCAGCCCAGCUUCAAUACGUCACCAUCAUUCACUGGUUGGCGCGGUUGAUGAUUGUACUACAAGGGGCGUGCGACAAGGAAGUCAAAGUAACUAUUUUGUAUUUUUUUAACAUGAUGCCAGUGACUAUGUCGACCCAGAGACGUUAAGUGCUCACGUAAGCAAACCCUUAGCGUAGAACAAAUCCUGAAUUUACACUUAGAAUCGACGUUGGUAAUCAUAAAAUAAUUAUUAAUGAUGUACAUUUAAACUGUCAUAUAGUGACGUCAUUAAUUAAAGUCUUAAAUAACUAAUAUUCUAUCCUUCUUAUAGAUAAAAAGGUUUAGUAAUUAUAAUUUUCAAUGUAUACUUUUAGUGUAUAAAUAAUUAAAUCUUAUUCGCAUCAUGUAAGAAUAUUUUGACAUCUUUAUCAUUGCAUACUCGUGUGCAUAUUUAACAUAAUAUAAUGAACAUUUUAAUGUUUUCGUGAGCUAAUUAAGCUAUUGACAUAAGUUGUUUGAAAAGUUUAUUGAAAGUUGAUUAAAAGUAAAGGAGAAAACAAAAAAAAUAGUAUUAUUUUCUAACCUAUAACGUGUAAUGAAUUCCGGUAAAUUAUUCAUAAAUAUAGUGUAAGUUACUUGGUGAUAGAAUAAUUUCCUAGUAGAUGAAAUCAUUUUGAAAUUAGACCAAUAGAUUUUAAUUAAAAAUGUAAGAAAGGAGUUUUUUAGUUCGUGUUCUAUCAACUUCUUUUUCAACUUUAUUCUUUUCACACUCAAAUAUGUAAAUUCAAUCAUAAAAAUCCGCGUCCUAAUAAUAACUAUGAAUUGUCCAUCCAGGGCCGGUGUUAGAGUACUACUGGACUGGACAAAAAAGAGGCACCAUAGGUGUGCGAAUUACACAAAAUAAAAUAUUAAAGUUAAACCCCCCCCCCCUCCUCUCGCCUAG